ACGAACACACCUUGAACGUAGCACCAAUGUGCCUCGCAUGCUACCAACACAUUGCUCGGCUUUUUGCUAGUUUGUUCACAGCAUGUGAAGACAGAGUGGCAACAUGUCGGAAUAAGGAUAGAUUAAAAGUUUAAUUAAUUGUGCGAAAGGUUGUAUAGCAAUAGCUAUCAAAAUGGUGAAGGAACAAUUCAGAGAGACAGAUGUGGCGAAGAAAAUAAGCCACAUCUGCUUUGGGAUGAAAUCUGCAGAACAGAUGCGAAAGCAGGCCCACAUCCAGGUGGUCAGUAAAAAUCUGUACAGCCAAGAUAACAAACGCACUCCUUUGCCUUAUGGAGUGUUGGACCACCGAAUGGGAACCAGUGAGAAAGACAGACCAUGUCUGACAUGUGGGAAAAAUCUGGCCGAUUGUUUAGGACAUUACGGCUACCUGGAUUUGGAGCUGCCCUGCUUUCAUGUCGGCUACUUCAAAGCAGUUAUUGGGAUUUUGCAGAUGAUCUGCAAGACAUGUUCGAGUAUAAUGCUGACCAAAGAAGACAAGCAGCAAUUCAUGGAUUACUUGAAACGGCCAAACUUGGCCUACCUGCAGAAACGAGGGCUGAAGAAGAAGAUCUCUGAUAAAUGCCGCAAAAGGACAAUUUGCUUGAACUGUGGCGCUUUCAAUGGAUCUGUGAAAAAGUGUGGCUUGCUUAAGAUCAUCCACGAGAAGUAUAAAACAACCAAAAAGGUGGUGGAGCCCUUCGUGUCUGAUUUUCUGCAGUCCUUUGAUAUUGCCAUUGAGCACAACAAACUAAUGGAGCCUUUAUUGCCCAGAGCACAGGAAAAUUUGAACCCUCUGGUUGUUCUCAAUCUAUUUCGGAGAAUUCCUGCAGAAGACAUCCCUCUGCUGUUGAUGAACCCAGAGGCGGGGAAACCCGCAGAUCUCAUUAUCACCCGUCUGCUCGUGCCGCCUCUCUGCAUCCGACCGUCAGUGGUCAGCGAUCUGAAGUCGGGCACCAAUGAGGACGAUCUGACCAUGAAGCUGACGGAGAUAAUCUUCCUAAAUGAUGUCAUCAAAAAGCAUCGAAUGACUGGAGCAAAAACCCAGAUGAUAAUGGAGGAUUGGGACUUCCUGCAGCUGCAGUGUGCCCUUUACAUCAACAGUGAACUUUCUGGCAUUCCCCUCAACAUGGCACCUAAAAAGUGGACCAGAGGCUUUGUGCAAAGACUAAAGGGCAAACAAGGUCGAUUCAGAGGAAACCUCUCAGGAAAAAGAGUGGACUUCUCUGGAAGAACUGUCAUUUCCCCUGACCCAAACCUAAGGAUUGAUGAGGUUGCUGUCCCUGUUCACGUGGCUAAAAUCCUGACAUAUCCAGAGAAGGUAAACAAAGCCAAUCUGGAACUAAUGAGGAAACUCGUUCGUAACGGCCCAGACGUUCACCCCGGAGCCAACUUUAUCCAGACUCGUCACACACAGAUAAAAAGAUUUUUGAAAUACGGGAACCGUGAAAAGAUAGCUCAGGAGCUGAGGAUUGGUGACGUGGUGGAAAGACAUCUAAUCGAUGGAGACAUCGUCCUCUUCAAUCGACAGCCUUCUCUGCACAAACUCAGUAUCAUGGCUCACAUAGCUAAAGUCAAACCACACAGGACGUUUCGGUUUAACGAGUGCGUGUGCACGCCGUACAAUGCCGACUUUGAUGGCGAUGAGAUGAAUCUCCACCUGCCUCAGACUGAAGAAGCCAAAGCCGAAGCCCUGGUCCUGAUGGGGACUAAAGCUAACCUUGUUACACCAAGAAAUGGCGAGCCUCUGAUUGCUGCUAUUCAGGACUUCCUGACAGGUGCGUACCUGUUGACGCUGAAGGACACCUUUUUCGAUAGGUCGAAAGCCUGCCAGAUCGUUGCAUCGAUACUUGUGGGGAAAGAUGAAAAAAUCAGGAUCUCUCUCCCUCGCCCUGCUAUAAUAAAGCCAAUUGCCUUGUGGACAGGUAAACAGAUCUUCAGUGUCAUUUUGAAGCCAAGUAAAGAUUGUCCUGUCAAUGCAAACUUGCGGACCAAAGGCAAACAGUACUGCGGCAAAGGAGAGGAUCUCUGCCACAACGACUCAUUUGUGGUGAUUCACAACAGUGAGCUGAUGUGUGGAAGCAUGGAUAAGGGCACCCUGGGGUCCGGCUCAAAGAACAACAUUUUCUACAUCUUGCUAAGAGACUGGGGACAGCUGGAGGCUGCCAACGCCAUGUCCCGCCUGGCGCGACUCGCUCCGGUCUAUCUUUCCAACAGAGGCUUCUCUAUAGGAAUCGGUGACGUGACUCCCGGGACGGGUUUGUUGAAGGCCAAACAGGACCUGCUGGACGACGGCUACAGGAAGUGUGAUGAAUACAUCGAAGCUCUGCAGACGGGCAAGCUGCAGCAGCAGCCCGGGUGCUCGGCAGAGGAGACCCUGGAGGCUCUCAUCUUGAGAGAGCUUUCUGUGAUCAGAGACCGAGCUGGCAGUGCCUGUCUGAGGGAGCUUGAUAAGAGUAACAGCCCCCUCAUUAUGGCUCUCUGUGGUUCCAAAGGUAAGCCUGCCUAAAAACUAUUCUAGGAUUACCUUUCCGUUCUUAAUUGGUAGUUAUCACAGAAAAGAAACACAAAAAGCGUGAGCUUGAUCAGUAUGUCUAACAUUUCUAGGUAAAAAAAA